UUGCUAUGUUUUACUUUUAAAUAUGCUCCUGUGCACUUCUCGCUUACAGAGGUGUUACACUGUAUUUUCAAUGUCUCUCGAGUUUAAGCGCACCACAGAGUAUUGUCUUUCUCUUCUGGAAAAGCCUUCCGGAAACGAAACCCUGAGUAACCGGAAGUGGCGGGCGGGGCGCCCCGGAGUCCGGAAGGCCCGGGGCGCGUCAGGUGGGAGGGGAGCCGGUAGAGCGAGCCGGUGACGCGGAGCCCACGGCCUGCGACGUGGGGCCGCCCGGAAUCGGGAAAGAAGGGUCUCGGCGCAGGUUCCUGAGCCGGCUUAGGUUUUUUUCCAGUGGAAGUCUUGAAAUACAUUUUCAUUAAAGAAAAAAAAAUGGCUACUCUUAAAAGUUUAGAAACCAAAGUCACCCUUACUUCAACCCCAAUCCGAGGAGCAGGAGAUGGAAUGGAAACAGAAGAGCCACCUACAUCUAUUGAAACCACCUCUGGAGUCCAGUCCAUAAAGCAUCACAUCCUUCAGAAUCCACGGAAGAAAGCAGCUCCUUCAGAGAACCCAGGAGUUCUUCAGCUGGGAAAGAUUCUCUCUGAAAAGGCAGUGGAGGUAGAAGCUAUAAGAAUACGUGUUCCCAAAACUGCUAUAACUCAUGAUAUCCCCAACAAAAAUGGAAAGGUUAAAUCUCUAGGAUAUCAUAGAGGAGAAUUUCAUGGUCAGCCUGAAGGAGUUAUAGAACCUAGAAAGGAACUCUCUGAGGUGAAGACUGUAUUGGAAGAGCUCAAGAACUCUGAAAGAAGGUUACUACAAGACAAAGAAGGUCUUUCAAACCAGCUCCGAGUACAGACAGAGGUAAAUCGUGAGUUAAAAAAGUUGUUGGUGGCUUCUGUGGGGGAUGAUCUUCAGUAUCACUUUGAACGUCUAGCCCGUGAAAAGAAUCAGCUUAUUUUAGAAAAUGAAGCCCUAGGUCGAAACACAGCUCAACUCUCCGAACAGUUAGAACGUAUGUCCAUACAGUGUGAUGUGUGGCGUAGUAAAUUCCUCGCAAGCAGGGUAAUGGCAGAUGAGUUAACCAGCUCCAGAGCAGUUUUACAGCGUCACAAUCGUGAUGCACAAAGUGCUAUACAAGAUCUCCUGAGUGAACGGGAGCAGUUUCGUCAAGAAAUGAUAGCUACCAAGAAAUUUUUGGAGGAGCUCUUGGUCUCCUUACAGUGGGGAAGAGAGCAGACUUACUCCCCCAGUGCACAACCUCAGAGCACAGCAGAACUUGCAUUAACAAAUCACAACUUAGCAAAAGCAUUAAAUUCUCAUCUUCUGGGGAAUGUUGGCAUUGGCAGUCAGAAAAAGAUACCAUCAACAGUUGAAUUCUGCAGCUCCCCAGCUGAAAAAAUGGCUGAAAAGGUUCUACGCAUUUUGGAUCCAGUCACCUGUACAGAAAGCUCACCUGAUAAUCUAUUUUCUCAGUCUUCACCAACCACAUUACUUGCUACAAAGAAAAAUAUUGGACGAUUUCAUCCCUAUACUAGAUACGAAAAUGUAACUUUCAAUUGCUGCAAUCACUGCCAGGGAGAACUUAUUGUCCUUUAAUAUUCCAUAUGUUGGAGGCAUGUCCAAGAGUCAUUUUUAUUUGGGAGUUGGGUUCUUAUAAUACAAGGUAAUGUCACUUCCUCUUUACAUAUCAUAUAUCUACAAAGAUAUUUUAUGUUCUGGACUUCAGAUUAUCCUUUCUUAAUAAAUAUCUCAGGGUACAAAAGCAAACCGUGUAGGUAUGUUUAGAGUACAGGAUAAUAUCCAGGCAAACACAAUGUUUAUGCUAAAAGACUCAAAAAGAUUUUCUACCUGUCUUUGAGGCCCCAAAUUAUUAUUCUUAUAUUAUUCAUCAUUAUAUAAGAAAAUGUUUCAUUUGGGUGCACUACUGCAGACAAACUAAAUCCAUGAGUCAAAUGUCACCAUACCCAUUCAUCUGCUAUUGCCUAAGCUGGUUUUGAACAACAGCAGAGUAGAUGCGGCAGGACUUGUAGACCCUUGAAGGAUUGUUCUUUACAGAAAAAAAUUUCUAACCCUUACAUAAAAAUAAUACCUGGGAGACAGGGUGAAGAGGUUACAAUCAUUUUUGCCGCAGUCUGGCUGGGCACAAUUCAGGAGCCACUUGUCAAAAGAAACGAACUUUAUUUUUAGAACACACACCACACCACACAGCUCCUCAGGAAAAACUCUCAGAGGCCAACUGCCACCACCAGCUUCCCACAAGCCUCUCAACCUCCCCCACUCCUCCUGCUCUUGAGGCUGAUUGGCUGGGUCAUGUGGGUAGAGCCAAAAAAAGUCCCCCAAUGAGCAGCUCCGUGGUCUGAAAGGGCGGGGAAACAGCCCAAUGAGCAUCACCGCGGAGGAGCCAAUCAGUUGGCAGCUAGAAGUUUGCUGGGGCCGCUGUGAGCCAAUCAUCAGCUGGCAGCUGGAAGUUUGCUGGGGCCCCGUCGGCUGUGGCUCUCAACAUCUCCCCCUCUCUGUUUAAACAACAAGCAUGUGGCUUAGGGACCGUGCCUGCCUUAGGUUGUCCAAUACUACAUAUGGUCCUUACCCGUCAUCAGAUGAGCUGACCUCAAGGCAUCAGCCUCCUGUCUUAGGUGGUACCAUUGCAAUUGGAUCUUACCCGUCAUUGACUACCCGUCCAGCAUACAGCCACACCUGUGGAUAGGUCUUUGUACCAGUAGGGGGGUGAGGUUCUUUGCCUCACCUCUGUUGGCCCCCAAAUUUUAGCUGAACGACCAUGACAAGCAGAAGGGAGGAAGAUACACCAAGCCAAUUGACGGCUCCUUUUGGAAAAAUUGUACCACCGAUGACACCAUCAGCAAAAAUACCCCAACACUACCACAAGUCGCUGCACCAACAGAUAGUUCACAAUGCAUACAAGUGAUACAUAGUCCAGGGAAGUUCUGCAAGCAGUUCAGUGAUGGCUCCUUUUGGAAAAAUUGUACCACCGAUGACACCAUCAGCAAAAAUACCCCAACAUUACCACAAGUCGUUGCACCAACAGAUAGUUCACAAUGCAUACAAGUGAGUUCACAAUGCAUACAAGUGAUACAUAGUCCAGGCAAGUUCUGCAAGCAGUUCAGUGAUGGCUAUUGCAGAAGCUGUAGAUUGGUUUUAUCUUUGUCUUCACCGGCACUGGGAUGAAGAUAGGAAUUCUGGCAAUAAUGUCUAAGGAAAAAAUUAUGUAACAUUCCAGAAGGCACUAAAAACAAUUUUCUUAACAAUUUACAUUAUCUUGAACAGAAUUAUUAAAUAUAAUGAAAAGGAAACGUGAAAGUAAA